AUGAGCCGGCGCUUCACCGUCACCGCGCUGCCCCGCGAGGGCCCGGCGGCGGCCCGGGGCUCGGCCCGGGGGGCGGGGGGCGGCCGCCGGCCCGGCCGCGACGGCAAAGGCGAUGGCAAUCCCAAGGAGAGCAGUCCCUUCAUCAACAGCACAGACCUGGAGAAGGGCAAAGAAUACGAUGGCAAGAACAUGGCCCUCUUCGAGGAGGAGAUGGACACCAGCCCGAUGGUCUCGUCCCUGCUGAGCGGGCUGGCCAACUACACCAACCUGCCGCAGGGCAGCCGGGAGCACGAGGAGGCCGAGAACAAUGAUGGGGGCAAGAAGAAGCCGGUUCAGGCUCCACGGAUGGGCACUUUCAUGGGCGUCUACCUGCCCUGUCUCCAGAACAUCUUCGGGGUCAUCCUGUUCCUGCGCCUCACCUGGGUGGUGGGGAUUGCCGGCAUCAUGGAGUCCUUCUGCAUGGUCUUCCUCUGCUGCUCCUGCACGAUGCUGACAGCCAUUUCCAUGAGCGCGAUUGCCACCAACGGCGUGGUGCCAGCGGGUGGCUCCUAUUACAUGAUUUCACGCUCCCUGGGACCCGAGUUCGGUGGGGCCGUGGGGCUCUGCUUCUACCUGGGCACCACCUUUGCCGGCGCCAUGUACAUCCUAGGCACCAUUGAAAUCCUUCUGGCCUACAUCUUCCCACCCAUGGCCAUCUUCAAGGCCGAGGAUGCCAGCGGGGAGGCGGCAGCGAUGCUCAACAACAUGCGCGUCUAUGGCACCUGCGUCCUGACCUGCAUGGCCACCGUGGUGUUCGUGGGUGUCAAGUACGUCAACAAGUUUGCCCUGGUCUUCCUGGGCUGCGUCAUCCUCUCCAUCCUUGCCAUCUAUGCCGGUGUCAUCAAGUCAGCCUUUGACCCACCGAGCUUCCCGAUCUGCCUGCUGGGCAACAGGACCCUCUCGCGCCACGGAUUCGACCUCUGCACCAAGGUGGUCGUGGAGGGCAACGAGACGGUGGGCUCCAAGCUCUGGGAGCUCUUCUGCACCUCCCGCUUUCUCAACGCCACCUGCGACGAGUAUUUCACCAUGAACAACGUGACCGAGAUUGAGGGCAUCCCUGGUGCUGCCAGCGGCCUCAUCCAAGAGAACCUCUGGAGCUCCUACCUGACCAAGGGUGUGAUUGUGGAGAAGCGGGGGCUGCCCUCCGUGAGCCCCCCUGACACGCCAGUGGACAUGGACCAGCCCUACGUCUUCAGCGACAUGACCUCCUACUUCACCCUGCUCGUGGGCAUCUACUUCCCCUCGGUCACAGGCAUCAUGGCUGGCUCCAACCGCUCCGGGGACCUGCGGGACGCGCAGAAGUCCAUCCCCACAGGCACCAUCCUGGCCAUCGCCACCACCUCUGCGGUCUACAUCAGCUCCGUCGUGCUCUUUGGGGCGUGCAUCGAGGGUGUCGUCCUGCGCGACAAGUUUGGUGAAGCUGUCAAUGGGAACCUGGUGGUUGGCACCCUGGCAUGGCCGUCCCCAUGGGUCAUUGUCAUCGGCUCCUUCUUCUCCACAUGUGGGGCUGGGCUGCAGAGCCUCACCGGAGCCCCCCGCCUCCUGCAAGCCAUUUCCAGGGAUGGGAUUGUGCCCUUCCUCAGGGUCUUCGGCCAUGGCAAAGCCAACGGGGAGCCCACAUGGGCUCUGCUGCUCACCGCCUGCAUCUGUGAGAUCGGGAUCCUGAUCGCUUCCCUGGACGAGGUGGCUCCUAUCCUGUCCAUGUUUUUCCUCAUGUGCUACAUGUUCGUCAACCUGGCCUGCGCGGUGCAGACGCUGCUGCGGACACCCAACUGGCGGCCACGCUUCCGCUACUACCACUGGACCCUCUCUUUCCUGGGCAUGAGCCUGUGCCUGGCGCUGAUGUUCAUCUGCUCCUGGUACUACGCGCUGGUCGCCAUGCUGAUCGCCGGCCUCAUUUACAAAUACAUCGAGUACCGCGGGGCGGAGAAGGAGUGGGGUGACGGGAUCCGGGGGCUGUCGCUGAGCGCUGCCCGCUACGCCCUGCUGCGGCUGGAGGAAGGGCCCCCCCACACCAAGAACUGGAGGCCCCAGCUGCUGGUUCUGGUCCGUGUGGAUCAGGAGCAGAACGUGGUGCACCCACAGCUCCUGUCCUUCACUUCACAGCUCAAAGCAGGCAAGGGCCUCACCAUUGUGGCCUCUGUGCUGGAAGGGACCUUCCUGGACAACCACCCACAGGCGCAGAGAGCGGAGGAGUCCAUCCGCCGCCUGAUGGAAGCGGAGAAGGUGAAGGGCUUCUGCCAAGUGGUGAUCUCCUCCAACCUGCGGGACGGCAUGUCGCACCUCAUCCAGUCCAGCGGGCUGGGCGGGCUGCAGCACAACACGGUGCUGGUGGGCUGGCCCCGCAGCUGGCGCCAGAAGGAGGACCACCAGACCUGGAGGAACUUCAUCGAGCUGGUGCGAGAGACCACGGCCGGGCACCUGGCCCUGCUGGUGGCCAAGAACGUCGCCAUGUUCCCGGGCAACCAGGAGCGCUUCUCGGAGGGCCACAUCGACGUCUGGUGGAUUGUCCAUGAUGGGGGGAUGCUCAUGCUGCUGCCCUUCCUCUUGCGGCACCACAAGGUCUGGCGCAAGUGCAAGAUGCGUAUCUUCACGGUGGCACAGAUGGAUGACAACAGCAUCCAGAUGAAGAAGGACCUGACGACAUUCCUGUACCACCUGCGCAUCACAGCGGAGGUGGAGGUGGUGGAGAUGCAUGAGAGCGACAUCUCUGCCUACACCUAUGAGAAGACGCUGGUGAUGGAGCAGCGUUCCCAGAUCCUCAAGCAAAUGCACCUCACCAAGAAUGAGCGGGAGCGGGAGAUCCAGAGCAUCACGGACGAGUCUCGCGGCUCCAUCCGACGCAAGAACCCAGCCAACACACGCCUGCGCCUGAGUGUCCCCGAGGAGCAGGUGGGCGACGGUGAGGAGAAGCCGGAGGAGGAGGUCCAGCUCAUCCACGACAAAAACGCCACCACCUUCUCCAGCAGCUCCCAGUCCCCUGCUGAUGAGGCAGAGACAGCCCCUGAGAAAGUGCAUCUCACCUGGACCAAGGAGAAGACCGUGGCCGAGAAGAAUAAGAGCAAGAGCCCCGUCAGCCCUGAGGGCAUCAAGGACUUCUUCAAUAUGAAGCCAGAGUGGGAGAACCUGAACCAGUCCAAUGUGAGGAGGAUGCACACAGCUGUGAAGCUCAAUGAAGUGAUCGUCAAAAAGUCCCAGGAUGCCAAACUGGUCCUGCUGAACAUGCCAGGGCCGCCCCGCAACCGGAAAGGGGAUGAAAACUACAUGGAGUUUCUGGAGGUGCUGACAGAGCACCUGGACCGAGUGCUUCUGGUGCGUGGUGGGGGUCGGGAAGUCAUCACCAUCUACUCCUGA